GCUAGAGACCGUUGACAUGAUCCCUGUCAGGAUUCUGUGAGUCUUAGAUUGAGUCAGUAGGUCUGUCAGUCAGGGGUUGAUGUCUACGUGGUGAGGUUUGGAACCACUAACCCGGUUGUACACUUAUCACCAUGGUUGAGACCCGUAGUGGGAAGGAGACUAGCCCCUACACCACUGAGCAGCAAGAAAAGAUGGCCGCCUUGGUCAGAGAGAAUAAGGAGAGGAAAGAGCGUGAAAAGCAAGCCAAGCUAAAGGCUAUCGCUAACGAGCAGGCGGCGAAGAUGAAGAGAUUGGAGGAGGAGAUGAAAAGGGUACAACAGGAGGAGGAAGAAAGAAGGAAGGCUGCCGAAGCAGAAGCGGCAGCAGAAGAAGAGAAAGAGAGGAUGAGAAUUCAAAGUGGGGAAGGGAGUAGUGCUGGCACGAUGAAGUGGGAGACAGAUACUAAACUGGAGAAGAAGAUCAGCGAGUGGGUCGCUAAUUUAUCGUUGGGGGAAGACGAGGAGGCGGAGUCCUAUGUGACUAAGGAUGAGAAGGCUGCGCUGGCCGCUGAACUAGCGGCCAUGACAGACCCAAUGGAACGAAGAGAGAGGGAAGACGAGCAAAAAGCAUGGAAGUUGAGAAUGACGAGGGAGAAGAAGAGGAGGAGAGAGGAAGUGAAUAAGAUGACCGCUGCAGUGGCAAAGAUGCAGGAGUGUAGAGCGGAGGUGCUGGCCCAGCCAGAUGAUAAGGCCAAGUGGGACAAAGUACUGGGCUAUCUAGAGGUGUUGAACAAGGCCUGGAUGGAGGAGCGACAGGCAAGCUGGAGCCAGGAUGUAGCGUUGAGUGCCAUGCGGUCCGGGUUCAUGGAUUUUGCGCGCGAAAUCGUCACCCAUAUUGGGGGUGAAGUCAAGCAAUUGAGAGACAACGUAGGGAAGUUUUGUGAGGGCUCCAUUCAGGGUGCCAAAGCUGCAGCCACUGUAGAAGGAGAGGUCAGACCCCGUAAGGACCCAGUGAAACUUAAGUUCCCAGACGCGUACGGGGGAAAGAAGGACGAAAACUUUGACAACUGGGAGGCCAGUGUCAACAGUUACAUUUAUUUACAGCAUAUCCUGAUGGAGGAGCAAGUCCUCGUGGCCCUCCAGGCCCUAAAGGACGAAGCGGCUAGCUUUGCCAAGUCUCUCGCGCGUACAGCCGGUUGUGAAAACAACCUGGUUGCAUAUUCCAAAGUCACUCCUCUUUCCCAAUUCCUCAAGCUCCUCAAGGAGCGGUUCGMUGACCCAACGCGAGGCAUUAGAGCCUCUGAUAAGCUCCAAACGAUCCACUCCCGGCAGUGGAGGAGUGCCAAGGCAGUCAAGGGUACCAURGACGACUUGGUAGCCGUCCCGGACCACGGGGUCACUGAGCCCCAGCUGGUCCARUUGUUUUAUCGUGCCAUUCCAGAGGCCCUACGCGGGCAUUUCUUUGACAAAUCUCAGCAGGCCGGCAUGACUUACGAUGUAUUGAGUAGAGAAGUCGUCCUGUAUGAGUUGAAGUCUAUGCCAGUUACCACUUUCUAGCAUAAGGACCUGGAGAAGGGGAAGAAGUGGAAAGAUCGUACCAUCUCGGGCCAAGUCAAGGCCAAGGAUCACUU